CAUCAUCCGGAAGAACACGUCCAUGUAGACGCAGAUGACGUGUCUGCCCGCUGCAGGAGAAGGGCUCUGGGUUCUGUAGCGGCGAAGGCAGACAGAUCCCAGCUACUUAACGACCUUAUGUCAACUGUCCUAUCUGGUGAAUUCAAAUGCCAGCUAGCCUGUCAGCUAGCCCCCCCCCUGUGUAGACAGAUAUUAACGUUACGCCAAGAAACGUUGAGCUAACUAGGUUCGUCGAGAGAAGAGGAAAAUGUGCUCCCUGCACAGAGCGAGAGGCUCUGUUUUGGUGAUCUUCCUUCUGCUACACAGCGCUACAAGUUUCUAUCUACCGGGUCUGGCCCCUGUUAGUUUUUGUGAACCAGGACAAGCUGGGAAAGAGAAUGAAGUACCGGACUGUAAGUCGACCAUCGAGAUAUUUGUGAACAGACUGGAUUCUGUGGAGUCUGUCUUACCCUAUGAAUACACUGCGUUUGAUUUCUGUGCUAUCGACUCCGAGAAGCGCCCGUCUGAGAAUUUGGGUCAGGUUUUGUUUGGCGAGAGAAUUGAGCCCUCUCCCUACAAGUUUGAGUUCAAGAAGAAGGUGGAUUGUAAACCGGUGUGUACUAAAUCCUACAACACCAACAAGCCAGAGGACAAAGCCCACCUGGACUUUCUGAAGAAAGGCAUGUUGCUCAACUACCAGCACCACUGGAUAGUGGACAACAUGCCGGUGACCUGGUGUUAUGACGUGGAGGACGGACAGAAGUUCUGUAACCCAGGGUUUCCCAUUGGCUGCUACGUCACUGAGGCGGGACGACCCAAAGACGCUUGUGUUGUCAACUCUGACUUUAAGGACAAAGACACAUUCUACGUCUUCAACCAUGUUGACAUCACCAUCCACUAUCAUGUGGUGGAGAACGAGGCUGCUGGGGCUAGACUGGUCGCUGCCAAGAUGGAGCCCAAGAGCUAUAAACACACCAAAGUGGAGGCCCCCGACUGUGCAGGAGGGCCCAUGUACCUGAACAACAAGUUCAGUGGAGAGCUGAAGAUCGGCUAUACCUACUCUGUCCAGUUUGUGGAGGACACGCACAUCAGAUGGGCGUCACGUUGGGACUACAUUCUGGAGUCCAUGCCCCACACCAACAUUCAGUGGUUCAGCAUCAUGAACUCUCUGGUGAUCGUUCUCUUCCUGUCUGGUAUGGUGGCUAUGAUCAUGCUGAGGACUCUACAUAAGGACAUUGCCAGAUACAACCAGAUGGACUCUGUGGAAGAUGCCCAGGAGGAGUUUGGCUGGAAGCUGGUCCAUGGAGACGUAUUCCGGCCUCCCAGGAAAGGCAUGCUCCUCUCUGUCUUUCUGGGAUCAGGAACUCAGAUCUUCAUCAUGAUGUUCGUCACCCUCUUCUUUGCCUGCCUGGGCUUCCUGUCCCCGGCGAACCGCGGUGCCCUGAUGACGUGUGCCGUGGUGCUCUGGGUCCUACUGGGCACACCAGCCGGCUACGUGGCUGCCCGCUUCUACAAGUCCUUUGGUGGGGAGAAAUGGAAGACUAACGUCCUGCUGACCUGCUUCCUGUGUCCUGGGGUUGUGUUUGCUGAUUUCUUUGUGAUGAAUCUGAUCCUGUGGGGAGAGGGCUCCUCUGCAGCCAUGCCCUUUGGCACCCUGGUGGCCAUCUUGGCUCUGUGGUUCUGCAUCUCUGUCCCCCUCACCUUCAUAGGGGCCUACUUCGGCUUCAAGAAGACCGGGAUUGAGCACCCUGUGCGGACCAAUCAGAUCCCUCGUCAGAUCCCGGAGCAGUCGUUCUACACCAGAUCUCUCCCAGGGAUCGUCAUGGGGGGGAUCCUCCCUUUCGGCUGUAUCUUCAUCCAGCUCUUCUUCAUCCUCAACAGCAUCUGGCCACACACCACCAUCCUACUCUGCUAUUUCCACCUUUGUGCUGAGGACUACCACUGGCAGUGGCGUUCCUUUCUGACCAGUGGUUUCACGGCCGUCUACUUCCUGGUCUAUGCCAUCCACUACUUCUUCUCCAAGCUCCAGAUCACAGGAUUGGCUAGCACCAUCCUCUACUUCGGUUACACCAUGAUCAUGGCUCUCAUCUUCUUCUUAUUCACAGGAACGAUUGGAUUCUUCGCCUGUUUCUGGUUCGUCACCAAGAUCUAUAGCGUAGUGAAGGUGGACUGAGUAGUUAACCAAUGGAUUUUCCUGUUUACUCUGCCACGCCCCCUCCCCCUCACCCCUCCCACUUCACCCUCCCUGGGCUGGAGGGACACUAUUGUUACAUUACACCCUGACUGCGUACGGUGACCAGGGCCCACUGGUCUAAAUAGGGAGCUGUUUGGAACACAACCCUUGUCUACUGUGUGGAAGACGCAUUUUUGUCAGAGCAGCAAGUCACCAGAGUCUUCGUGUGUGUGUGUGUGUGUGUGUGUGUGUGUGUACGUACACACACAUCUAUACAUAAUGUAGUCUGGAGUGCAGGAAAUACCUUGUUGGAGGUCCAGAUCCUACUGCACAUCGAUGAAACAUCCCUUAUUCACCUCUGACAAAUGGAAACAGGAAAUCUAGAAGGUCGUGACUAUUAAGACCCCCCCCCCCCCCUGGACCCCCUCCCCCUGGUUACAGUUAGUUUCUGUCCCCACGUUGGCGCACUAAGGUGAUUUUACGUUGUCAUUCAAACUAUUAAUAGUGUUGGACAAUAUGAUUGUAAAUAACUUCUUUUUUUUCUAAUGCUGAUGAAUGAUUUGGGGUCGUAAUAAGCUUAUAAUGUGAGAUGGAAUUCCUCCUCUAACCCAUGUUCAGGGCUGGUAGUGUAGAUGGUUGAGUCCCAAAUGGCACUCUAGUCUGCACUAUGUAGGGAAUAGGGUGCAAUUUGGGAUGAACACAUUUUCUCUGGGGUUUGUUUGUUUUUAUUUUGUAUUAUAAAUGCUUGAGUAUUAAUCAACUGGUCUGUUAUUUAACUUUAUAUUCCAAUUACAUGUUUUUCUGUCUAUUCUUUCAUUUUAUUUUUGCCUCAGACACGUGCCUCAUCAGUAGUUCAUUUUAUUUUCAAAAACCCACCGUUUGGGAUUUUGUGAGAGGCAUCAUCGACUUCUAUGUUCCAAAUGGCACCCUAUUCCCUAUGUAGUGCACUACCCUUGAUCAAGGGCUCGGGUCUAAAGUAGUGCACCACAUAGGGAAUCGGGUGCCAUUUGGGACAUCGUCCAUCAGUUAUGUGGGGCUCUGAUUCUUAUAUCCUUUCAGUGUAAAUAUACUCUCUUCAUAAAUGAUACUAGUUUCAUUAGUCUGACCGAGCAUCUGGGUUCCUUCUCUCCUUCACUGGUUUGAAAUGAUGUAAUUAUGAUCUGAAAAAUAAGAAAUGGUCCAUUUAAAAUAAAACAAUGUUCCUGUUU